AUGCGAAACCAAGCCGAAUCAACGCUACCCAGCGUUUCCGGGUCACCCAGCAGCCGGAAGAUCAACAUCCUCCUGGUAAACCCUAACUCUACCGAGUAUAUGACGAAUGCGUGCUUGCAAGCCAUUGCGCCAAAUCUCCCCUCGGACGUCAUCGUGUAUGGAUUCACAGCUCCUCGCCCGGGGCCUACGGCGAUUGAAUCACAGACCGAUGCAGUGCUAUCCACCGAGGCCUGCAUUAGAGCCAUAGCACCAAUUGCGGGAAAUUACGACGCCUUUCUGGUUGCUUGCUUUCGAGCGCAUCCUCUUAUUGGCGUGUUGAAAGAAGAAUUCUCCCAGCCCGCCCUUGGAAUCAUGGAGGCGGCAUUAUAUUCUUCGCGCAUGUUAGGUGAUAGACUAGGCAUUAUCUGCACAUCCGCACGCUCUUUGGUGGCGCAUAGACAUGCUGUUUCAGCCUAUGGAUUCUCGGAAUACUUUGCUGGAUGUGAAUCAGCCCAACUAGGAGUUUUGGAACUCGAUUCGAAACCAAAGGAAGAGGUCCAUGCAAUCAUCUCCCAGAAGGUCGACCGGCUUGUGAAAGAGAGAGGUGCGGAUUGUGUUCUGUUAGGCUGUGCGGGGAUGACAGAGAUGCGGACUAUUUGUGAGGCUGUGGUUGAAGGAACUGGGGUAAGGGUGCUAGAUGGAGUGGGGCUAGGUAUUCAACUCCUGGUGGGCUUAGUUAGAGAGAACAUGAAGACUGCUAAAAGCGGGCUGUACAAAGACUCUUCAGCCGAUAGAUCCAAGCGCGGGCAGAGUUGGCUUUGA